GCAGCCCGCGCUCCCGCGGCAUCAAGCGAGACCUGAAGCAGUCAUGCGGAAAUGGGCUUCGCAUCGCGGAGAACGGCCAUUUCUCUGCAACAGGAGCAGUCAAAGCAGCUGUAACCGCGAGCAUGCUGCCCGAGAAGCAGACCACGGCGAACUUGGCAAACAUAAAGGCUGUGCUUAUCAACCUGGACAGAAGGCCAGAUCGCCUGGUCGAGUGUUCGAAGCGUUUGGAAGCCCAUUGCCCCUGGCUCCAGUACAAUCGAAUGCGAGCCAGUGAUGGCAAGAUCGACUCAAUUCCCUCAGAAGAGGUUACCCACUCAUGGCACACGGGCCGCAACGUCGUCUACCAGAAGAUCAGGUCACGAAGAAAAGGAUGGGACGACCUUCACACUUACGUGGUUCGGGAGCUGGUGAUGAGUGCCGGCGAGCGGGGCUGUGCAUCCUCGCACAUACGGGCAUGGCGACACUGCCUGGACGUCUGCAGUCCCUCGCAGCCCCUGAUGGUUUUCGAAGAUGAUGCGGUUCCCACCCAGGAAUUCACAGAGGUUUUUUCGAGAGCCCUGGCUUCGCUACCGCGCGAUGCGGACGUGCUGUACCUGGGCUACUCGCAGGCAGCCGAGUGGCGGCAGCACGUCUCUGCAGAGUUGGUGGAGGCGGAGUAUGUGUGGACCACUGUUGCGUACAUGGUUUGGCCCGAAGGAGCACGCAAAUUGCUGUCCAAGCUCCCGGUGAACCAGCCCGUGGACAACUUCAUGGCAACACUCUGCGCCGACGGAGACAUCAAGGCCUACUGCAUGCGGCCAAAGAUUGUGCACCAAGCAGAUGGGUGGAACGUCAAGUCGGAUGUGGGCCACUCGGAUGAGGCGCCACCUCCGGGGGCAGUUCAGUCUGAUGUCUUCCACACGGAUGACAAGUACUGGGGAACUGGUCCGGCCAAUCCGCACUUCAAUGUAUCAUUCAGUUUCGGCGCGGAUUCGGACAUCAUCAAGUCAGACGACCGCUACUGGGAGUCGGGUACUUAG